AUGUUUAAAAACUGUCGUGCCUUUUUGGAGAGCUGCCUCAACGAGCACCAAAGCUGUGCAGAGCCUUUAGUGGACGGCGAAUCAGCCUCAAUCUGCCCAACGCGCCUAAUCGAUGUCGGAUCUGACAGCAUCCCAGCACACUUGGUCAAGUUGAAGAGCCUUGAGCAAGUCAAUCGUAAUAGCAAGGACGCAAGGUUUCCUGGAUAUGUAACGCUGAGUUACUGCUGGGGAUCUAAUCCCGAUGAAAGACACUUGCUGCGAGAAGAGAGCGAGAGCAGCUUCAUGCGCGAGCUACCAUCGCUCCCCAAAACCAUUCGAGAAGCCGUCACAGUUUGUAGAAGAAUGGGCGUUAAGUACCUCUGGGUGGAUGCGCUGUGCAUCCAACAGGGCCAUUCCUCCACCUCGUCUGACUGGAAGAGGGAGUCAGCCCGUGUCGGCAGCUACUAUGCCAACGCGUUGUUUACUAUUGCCGCGACCUGGGCGAGUGCGAGCAACGAAGGCAGCUUGCCAAGAAAGGCGAGCAAUGUGUACAGUGGCUGGAACGAAUUGUCAAGCAUGAUCUUGAGCAGCGCGCUUACCAAGAGGGGAUGGACACUACAGGAGCUGAGUCUGUCUCCAAGGAUCCUGUGGUUCAAAUAUGACGCGGUUCUCUGGACUUGCAGUGCUGGUAUUCGAACCUACCUUGUGCGUGAAAACAGCUUGCCGCUGUUUCUCACAUUUAGAAGCGACAUGAGGUCAAAGUGGUCCGAAAUCCUAGAGCAAUACACCAUGAGUAGCCUAUCUUUCGCCGAGGAUCGUUUGCCAGCGCUCUCCGGCCUCUGUAAAUAUGUGAAUGAAGGAGGAAAGGACACAUACCUUGCAGGAAUAUGGCAAUCUUCGCUUUCGGACGGCUUAGCAUGGCGGCGUUUGAGUGAACGACUCCCCGAAUAUAGCUCCUCCUGGCCCAACAUUCCUUCUUGGUCGCCACUUUCAUGUAAAGAAAAGAUUACCUUCAAUCCCGUAUGCGCCACGGGUUCCGGCUGUGCAGUCUGUGGACCUGGCAAGUUGUGGCUCGAAGACGCACGAGUGAUCCUGAGCUACGAGGAUCCUCAUGGACGAAUCGAAUCGGCUGUGUUGCGGGUCUCGGUAUCAAUAUACGACGUGACGGUCAGGCUGCACACUCAGUCCUUUUCAUUAUUACAAUUCGGUGGCGAUGUAUCUCUCGAGGGGAGACUCUCGCUCGACACGAGUCUAAAGACGUCUUACACCGAGACCGGGCGGGUCAACGCCAUCUUGAUUGGACAUGCAGUAGGUUUUCAGAAGCUUUUCUUCUUGCUUCUGGAUGCUGUGGAUGAAGGCGACACGUAUCGUCGUCUUGGCAUAUUCGAGUCGAGAUUCAAGACCAGUCCACAACUGCUUGAGAUGCUGAAGGAAGGCCGAAACAAGCAGCGGGUCAAGAUGGUCUAA